AUGUUUUCCACCGAUGGAAGCAUUAAAUUCAUAAGAUGUUCACGCAGGGCUCGUGACAUUGACAUUGAAACAGAAGCGGUCAAACAAAUUUCAUUCUACCAUGUACGCGAAAGUAUGCAUUCAGGUAUACAGGAAACUUUCAAUUCCAUGAGGUACAAAAUUUUCUAUCCAAAUCUUCUCGAAUUAAUUCACAUCGUUAUUAAUCAAUGUGAGAUAUUACAAAGAGUGAUUCGAAAUUACAACGAAAGAUUCCAUUCAACAAUCAAAUGUACACCAACAGAAGUCCAAACUAGAACAGUAAAUUUGGAAACAGGCAGGGAAAACAUUGAGAAAACUAAGAAGAAAUACUUACGGAAACUUAAUGAAAAACGCGAAGAUUAUUGUGAAACAAGAACGGUUGGUUAUGUUAAAAAUUAUAAGACAGUCAGACAUAAAGAGCAGCCUAGAUACAGAAAAUCAAAAUUGGACAACGUUCACUUAACGAACAUCAGAAAAAAACCGAAAUUUGCAGAUUACGAUGACAACAUUGAACCUUUCGUUACUGAAGAACAAAUCUUAAAUGCAGAAAAAAUAGAUAAUAAUGGUCCAUUAGAUGAAGUGCUUAUGGAAAAAAUUAACUUACGCUUACCUAGACAAGAUAUUACAACCUUGCUAGGAAACUCGUGGUUAAACGACCAAAUUAUAAACUUGAACUUAAAUUUGUUAAUGGAACGAAGUGAACAAGGGAGUUUGCCGAAAGUAUACGCGAUGAAUACGUUUUUCAUCCCACGUCUCUUAGAAAUAGGAUACAAUGGAGUCAGUAGGUGGACACGAAAAAUCGAUAUUUUUUCCAACGAUUUCAUAUUAGUCCCAGUACACGUAAACCAGGUUCAUUGGUGUAUUGCCAUCAUUAAUCCCAAAGAUAAAAUUAUGAAUUAUUAUGAUCCUAUGGGAAACCCAAAUAGCAAAAUUCUAGAAGCGCUAAAAAGUUAUUUCAAAGAAGAAUCGAUGGACAAAUGA